UCUGUUCUCAUCCUGGCGUUCUGAAUUCUGAUAUUUAGUGCUCGCCCUAACCUUUUAAUAUUAUAGUAAUUUUUAUAUAAAUUGUAAAACUUUUAAUUAUUCAUUUUGAGACUACAAAAAGACAUUAAAUCAAAUAAGAAUCAGAAGAAGGUGAGAAAUGAUCAGUUAGAUUGUCCAUGAACUGUACUAAUGAACAACAUUAUCAGAGAUUGUGGAGAGAUUUGGAAUAGAUUGUUUGAUCACAGGCCAUUUUUAAAUGGUGAGAUUUUGUACUUCCAAGAGGAGUUUGAGGUAAAGCGAAGUGAUCGUGAGAUAACAAAAUUGUUUGAAGUGUUAGAGUAUGUAACAGAGAUACGAGACUCUCAGAUUGAUAAAGUGAAGACUUUGAGUGAGACUGAUCUAUCUGGUUGUCAAACAAAACUCUCAGCUGCUCUGUCCAGUUGUGAAACCAUAUUGAAUGAAGAACAAAAAUACAACAUUGAUGCAAAUUUGGAAUUAAAAAGAGAAAUUCGAGAAGGUGACUGGGAGAGGUUCCAAUCUGAAAUGAAAGUGAAAUAUUCCAAUGUAGAUCACACUUUUAAUGAGAAGGAGGAAGAAUUAUCUGAAUUCUACAGUGAUUUGAAGAAAAAGUUACACCUUGACGAUACACCCAUUUCCAGGAUAGAAUAA